CAUUUUCAAACCAGAAAAGAGAAAAAAGGUAUCUCGAAAGACUGAAAGCCUGAAACUAUUUUCACCUUUCAGCUUAGCAUACCAAAGAAAAGAAAAGAAAAAUGGAGAGGAGCACACCCGUGCGAAAGCCUCACACCUCAACCGCUGACCUGCUGACGUGGACGGAGGGUUCACAAUCUGCCUCCUCCAACUCGGCCGCUUCCUCCGCCUCCGCCCAGCGUUCCUCUGGUCGUUACAACCAGCCAUCGGAUAGAAUCAGUAAAGUGCUAUUUGGAGGUCAGGUAACUGAUGCCGAAGCUCAAUCUCUCUUGAACAAGAAGCCAUGCUCGGGUUACAAAAUGAAAGAGAUGACUGGUAGUGGAAUUUUUGCUGCUGGUGGUGCCAAUGGGGCAUCUGAAACUACUGCUAUGAAUUCCACUAACAAAACAGGAUUGCGGAUGUAUCAGCAAGCAAUGAAUGGAAUUAGCCAGAUAUCAUUUACUGCUGAUGCAAGUGUUUCUCCCAAGAAGCCUACCUCUAUCCCUGAGGUAGCAAAGCAGCGAGAGUUAAGUGGCUCAUUGCAAAGAGAAUCAGAUGCAAAGAAUAAAAAGCAAAUAUCAAAUGCAAAGUAUAAGGAGAUCAGUGGACAUGACAUCUUUGCCCCUCCUGAAAAUAAGCCACGUUCGUUGGCUGCUGUCACCUCUGAAUCAAGAGGAAGCAAAGACAUGGGAGAACCUGCACCACGAAAUGUCCGCACAUCUGUCAAAGUUUCAAAUCCUGCAGGAGGUCAGACAAGUAUCCUAUUCACGGACGAACCAAUUGUCAAGGUGACAAAGAAGAUACAUAACCAAAAGUUUCAAGAGCUGACCGGUAAUGGUAUCUUCAAGGGAGAUGUCCCACCAGGUUCUGUGGAAAAACCACUUAGCCGAGCUAAACUGCGAGAAAUGAGCGGCAAUGACAUCUUUUCUGAUGGGAAGGCAGAAUCUCGCGACUCUUUGGGUGGUGUACGUAAGCCUCCCGGUGGUGAGAGCAGCAUUGCCUUGGUUUAACUUGAUAUUAAGCUGCCUGUAUAACUAUAGUGUCAUUUGCUGUACAUCCCAGUUUGGGGUGCUAUGUUUUGACUAUGAGGUGUUCUCAGUGUUGGAUGACAAUCGAAUAUAGGUAUUCGAGUGGUGUAUGUUAGUUGUGGCUUGUGAUUAUGCUGUUUUGGUGUAACAUUUAGAUCGAGACUCUAGGCAAUUAGGAUCGGCUAAUUGAGUGAUUUCAGCAAUUUCCAGUGUUAGUGUUUGUUCUGGUCUCCAGACCAACUUUCUUUGUUUCUGUGGAAUAAACAAGGCCCUUGGUGAGAGCAUGCACCAAAGUGUUAAAUGCCAAAAA